GGCCGGCGGGGGCAGAGCGGGGCGAUGGAGCGCGACGGCGAACAGGCAGGGCAAGGGCCCCGGCAUGGGCCAGCGGGAAACGGCCGCGAGCUGGAGUCUCCAGCCGCCGCUUCGCUGCUGGCGCCCAUGGACCUAGGGGAGGAGCCGCUGGAGAAGGCGGAGCGUGCGCGCACCGCCAAAGACCCCAACACCUACAAAGUGCUGUCGCUGGUUUUGUCAGUAUGCGUGCUAACAACUAUUCUUGGUUGUAUCUUUGGGUUGAAACCAAGCUGUGCCAAAGAAGUGAAAAGUUGCAAAGGCCGCUGCUUUGAAAGGACGUUCAGCAAUUGUCGCUGCGAUGCUGCCUGUGUCAGCCUUGGGAACUGCUGUCUGGAUUUCCAAGAGACCUGUGUGGAACCAACACAUAUAUGGACUUGCAACAAGUUCAGGUGCGGCGAGAAGAGGCUGUCCAGAUUUGUGUGCUCCUGUGCGGACGACUGCAAAGCCCACAAUGACUGUUGCAUCAACUACAGUUCAGUGUGCCAAGAAAAGAAGAGUUGGGUAGAAGAAGCCUGCGAAACCAUCGAUGCACCACAGUGUCCAGCAGAGUUUGAAUCACCCCCUACUCUCUUGUUUUCUUUGGAUGGAUUCAGAGCUGAAUAUUUGCACACUUGGGGUGGACUUCUUCCUGUCAUUAGCAAGCUGAAAAACUGUGGAACGUACACUAAAAACAUGAGGCCUGUGUACCCUACCAAGACGUUUCCCAAUCAUUACAGCAUCGUCACAGGACUUUAUCCAGAAUCACAUGGCAUAAUUGACAACAAGAUGUAUGAUCCUAAAAUGAACGCUUCUUUCUCACUUAAAAGUAAAGAGAAAUUCAACCCUCUGUGGUACAAAGGACAGCCGAUCUGGGUGACCGCUAAUCAUCAGGAGGUCAGGUCUGGCACAUACUUCUGGCCAGGAUCAGACGUGGAAAUUGAUGGGAUUCUGCCAGAUAUCUACAAAGUGUAUAAUGGGUCAGUACCAUUUGAAGAAAGGAUUUUAGCUGUUCUCGAGUGGCUACAGCUUCCUAGCUAUGAAAGACCACACUUUUACACUCUGUAUUUAGAAGAACCAGAUUCUUCAGGGCAUUCACACGGACCAGUAAGCAGUGAGGUCAUCAAGGCCCUGCAGAAGGUUGACCACAUAGUUGGCAUGCUGAUGGAUGGCCUGAAGGACCUGGGCUUGGAUAAAUGCCUGAACCUCAUUCUCAUUUCAGAUCACGGCAUGGAACAAGGCAGUUGUAAGAAGUACGUGUACCUGAAUAAGUACCUGGGGGAUGUGAACAAUGUCAAGGUUGUGUAUGGACCUGCUGCUCGAUUGAGACCCACCGAGGUUCCGGAGACAUACUAUUCGUUUAACUAUGAAGCCCUUGCAAAAAAUCUUUCUUGCCGGGAAACAAACCAGCACUUCCGGCCUUAUCUGAAACACUUCUUACCCAAGCGCUUACACUUUGCUAAAAAUGACAGGAUUGAGCCACUGACCUUCUAUCUGGACCCUCAAUGGCAACUUGCCUUGAAUCCGUCAGAAAGGAAAUAUUGUGGAAGUGGAUUUCAUGGCUCUGACAACCUGUUUUCAAACAUGCAAGCUCUCUUCAUUGGCUAUGGACCUGCCUUCAAGCACGGUGCUGAGGUUGACUCCUUUGAAAAUAUCGAGGUCUAUAACUUAAUGUGUGAUUUAUUGGGUUUGAUCCCAGCUCCUAAUAAUGGAAGUCACGGCAGUCUCAACCAUCUUCUAAAGAAACCCAUUUAUACCCCAAGUCAUCCCAAAGAAGAGAGCUUCCUGUCCCAGUGUCCAAUCAAAUCAGUGUCCAGUGACCUCGGCUGCACAUGUGACCCCUCGAUUGUGCCGAUCAUGGACUUCGAGAAGCAGUUCAAUCUGACCACGGAUGCUGAGGAUGUUUACUCUAUGACUGUGCCCAACGGGAGGCCCCGGAAUCUGCAGAAGCAGCACCGCGUCUGUCUGCUCCAUCAGCAACAGUUUUUGACUGGGUACAGCCUGGACCUCCUCAUGCCCCUGUGGACGUCUUACACCUUUCUCAGUAAUGACCAGUUCUCCACAGAUGACUUUUCCAACUGUUUGUACCAGGACCUUCGGAUUCCCCUUAGUCCCAUGCAUAAAUGUUCCUAUUAUAAAAGCACUUCUAAGCUCAGUUAUGGGUUCCUUACACCGCCAAGACUAAACAGAGUCUCACGUCAAAUAUAUUCUGAAGCCUUGCUUACUUCUAACAUAGUGCCAAUGUACCAGAGUUUUCAAGUUAUAUGGCAAUACCUUCAUGACACCGUACUGCGAAGGUAUGCCCAAGAAAGGAAUGGCGUCAAUGUUGUCAGCGGCCCCGUGUUCGACUUUGAUUAUGAUGGACGGUAUGAUUCCUCAGAGAUCCUGAAACAAAACACCAGAGUCAUCCGCAGUCAAGAAAAUCUGAUUCCCACUCACUUCUUCAUUGUGCUUACCAGCUGCAAGCAGCUGUCUGAGAGCCCCUUAAAGUGUACAGCCUUAGAGUCUUCAGCCUUCCUCUUGCCUCACAGGCCUGAUAACAUCGAGAGCUGUACACAUGGAAAGCAGGAGUCUGCAUGGGUUGAAGAGUUGCUGGCAUUGCACAGAGCUCGGGUCACAGACGUUGAGCUCAUCACGGGUCUCAGCUUCUACCAGGACCGACAGGAGUCAGUUUCAGAACUGCUGAGGUUGAAAACACACUUACCAAUCUUCAGCCAAGAAGACUGAUUGUUUUUUAUUAAAAAAAAAAAAACAAAACACCAUAGAUCUUUUUGAAAGAGUCUUAUAUUUUAUACAGUCCUCUACACUUUUGCAAUGUUUGGAAGCUGUAAAGUGGAGUUAAAACUGGGAGUCCCAUGUGGUGCUGGUGUCUCCAGGCUGUGCGACAACCCCACACGUCUGUAGAGUGUUCCUGUCCUGUGCCGUGCAGAUUUCCUGUCUAAGAAUUAGAUGUGUUCCUAAUGCGCUAGGAGUAAAGACACUUCACCUCACACCCAGAAGUGCUCUUGGGUCUCCCUUAUGGGACAAGGGGCAGUGAACAUGGUCUGGGGACCUGAUGUUGGAAUCGUGCUAUUGUUAAUAAAACUAGGUAAAGGACUGGGGUAGCUCAUGACCCAUUAAGAAAAAGGGAAAACUGUCUUGGAUUAAUUUUUAUCUAGAGACUGAGUUUUAAUUCAGUGAGGUCCUAUUUCUAUCUUUUCUUUCUCCUCCGCCAAUAACCAAAUAGUUGGCCUUGUGCUUUUAAAACAAAUUGUGAUCGGAUCUCUUCAGGUGUAGUGACUUUCAAAAAUUGGACUUUGAUGGAAAAUUUGUGAGUUGAGUGUAUCUAGCUUUUAUAAAAAAUCAGACUCUACAUUUGUAUACACCUGAACAAGUGCACAUGUACAUGCUCUUGCACAUGCACACACACACACACACACACACACUCACACUCACACACGUGUACAUGUGCACGCUCUCCCAAUACGCGUCCCAGUUCUCUUCACUAGAAAUAAAUGAAGACCAAAAAAGAGCCCUGAGCAUGGCUUUCUCAGGCCAUUAAAAUUAGGCUUCGUUUGGGUGAAACCCCAGAGAACUAUUGGCAUUUACAAAGUGACAUUUUUUCAUCGAGAAGAGUGUUUCCUCGCACAAGAGACCGGCCAGUGGAAGAAGGACUUUACCUGGCCUAGCUCUUCAAUUUGAAGCUGUGUCGAUAAGAAGAGAAUGUGUCACCCCUCACUUAACAUCUUCACUAUGCACACAACGAAUGACACGCUGAUGUAAUUUCCCCUCUGCAUUGAUUCUGCCCUUGUUCCAACCGGUGAUCCUCCAGAGGCUGUGUUACAUUUUAGGUUUCCUGGGUCCAUUUUGAUAUAAUAUUACCCUACCAAAGAUUUUCAUAUGUCCUUCCUAGGAUAAUCAUUCCUUUUGUCAUCUGUAAAGAUGUUUAGGUAAUAAAACUUGCAAUCAACAUUGCCAUGAUAA